AUGGGACUGGAGCAUUCCAAACUUCGGCAUUCAGGGUCGAGCUCAGCAGCUGAGCGUGAAGGCCACUCUACCACGAGUAACGAGCAACCUAAUCAGCAAACGAACCACCAAAAUGGAGUGACCGAAAAUUCAGCUUCUACGAACAACCCACCUGAUGAUGGAUUUAGAGCAGAGGAGCCAGCCGCAUCCAAAUCACUUCAUGAACAUCGAGAACUCGUUCAAAAAUUACGCGCACAGUCCGGCUCAAAUGCCACAUCUGCAGCCGAUAAAGUGCGCGAGGAAAUGCAACAAGCUGGGAUUCAUGACCAGCGAAUCGACCCAGUUGAUGAAACACAAACAUUAGCCGUCGAUCGUGAACCUGUCACAUCAGACAACGAAAGCACUGUGUCGAGCCCUACGGAGUCCGAGUCAGAGACAGAAUCUUCAUCUGAGCUUGAUAUAUCUGUUCCUUCGAAGCGUGAGUACGCAGACGAUGACGAAGAUCUAGGUACCACAGGAGAGGCGCCGAAAACCAAAAACGAACUAGACGACGACUUUCCUGUCCCCAGUAUUUCACAUGUCAAUCAGGAUGAUUUGCACAGAUUAGAGCGUAUUGGAACCAUUCAUUCUGUUGUUGACAACGUUGUGCUUAUUGAACAGACAUGGGAAGCUGAGUCGGAGCUGAAGCCCCGUGAGUACGAUGUGCUCGAUUCGGAAAGUCUUUUGUGUUUCGAAAAUGGCCAAGUGUUGGGUCUUGUCUAUGAGACAUUCGGGUCCGUUCAAAAACCCAUGUAUACUGUUCGCUUUCGUUCGGCGGAGGAUAUCGAUUCUACAACUAUCCAGAUUGGACGUGCCGUGUACUUUUUACCGUCGAGCAGCACCUUCGUUCUAGCUCGCUCCAUACGCACAAAGGGUAGUGAUGCUAGCAACAUGUGGGACGAGGAAGUAGCAGAAGAUGAAGUUGAAUACAGUGACGAUGAAGAAGAACUCUCAGCCAAGAGGCAAGCAAAGAAAGCCAAAACGUGUCGUAUCCAGCAACAGCCAGCAGUCUCGAGCACUUACCAUGAUCUAGACCCUGCCACCGCAUCUUUAGGUCCGCUUGGAAACCAAUACGUAUCAUCUGGUGCACCUGUUGCACCCGGUGGACGUCGAAGACGAAGCUCUCGCGCACGCAAUGACAUAAAUACGCAUGUCUGGUCAGGCGCGCGUACACCGUUUCCUCAUGGCGACUAUUCGAACGAGCGAGGUGGAGUCUCUAUACCACAUAUCAAUCCUCGUUUUGCCGAUCAAUGGAUACGACAAGGAUCGACGCCGCCCAUGCCAUAUCCUCCCAUGCCCGUUCCACCUGUCUUCCCAAUGUCAGUUACAUAUUCACCACACCAUCCAAGUAUGGUUCAAGACGUGCACAAUUUCAUCCACGAAGCGUACAAUCCACAUGCGCCAGGCACUGGUUAUGAAUCCCCUCAUGGUCAAUAG